AUGGAGCCGGGACAGACGCGCAUCCCCCUGGCCGAAACGCAGGCGCCCCACCCGCAGGCCCCCGCGGCCCCGGAGGAAGCCGCCCUGGCCCCUCGCCCCGCCCUGGCCCCUCGCCCCAAGAAGCGCUAUCGGCGGCACCCCAAGCCGCCCUACUCCUACCUGGGCAUGAUCGCCCUAGUGAUCCAGGGCUCCCCCGAGCGGAAGCUCAAACUCAGCCAGAUUAUCCAGGAGAUCCGGCAAAAAUUCCCGUCUUUUAAGAUGAGCUACCAGGGCUGGAAGGACUCCAUCCGCCACAAUUUAUCCAACAACCCGUGCUUCGCCAUGGAGCUCAAGGAUCCGACGAAUCCCAAGGCGAAGGGCAACUACUGGACCGUGGACGUCCGCCGCAUCCCCCCGGACGCGCUCAAGCUCCAGAACACCUCCGUCUCGCGCCGGGAGGGAGCCGCCUUUGUCCCUGACCUCUCGCCCUAUGUGCUCCACGGCCAGCCCCCCCAACCACCCACCCCACCCCCACCUGGCACUGCAGCUGCUUAA